AUGACAUCCAAAAAUCUAUCUUUUCUGGAUCUUAUCGACAUCUGUGACAAUGUGCGGCCACAUCUUUCUUUUCCUCAUCCAUCACCAUUCGACAGCGAACGGCUAGUACCAUUUCAUCUCUCUCCGUCAUCACGGGCUCCCGUUAUCGGUCUCCUACGACCCAUUAUCAUCGAGAAACUGAAAGCAGAAAAUGUUAACAGUCACAACAGUGGUCUUCCGGAACUCUGGGAUAUCCAAGAUGCACGGGUCUCUUUUCGGUCGUGGCUUGAUACACCAUCGAAGCGCACUGCUGCCAUGAAGGAACUAUGUGAGCGAUGGCGAGAUACAGAACUCUUCCCUGAUGUUUGCGGGCCUAAGAAGUGGAGAGCAGAGAUGUUUCCCAUCUAUCGCAACCCUUUUGACGCUCAUGACUACCCGAAGGAUGGACAGCCUGACGAAGGACUGAACUACGCAUUCGAGAUGGAGCGCUCGGCCUGUGCACUUUUCGGCGUCGUGACAUAUGGCAUACACAUGACCAUCUACCAACAAGAUGCCUCAGGUCUUCGUAUGUGGAUACCGACCCGUGCGCGAACGAAGCCAACGUGGCCUGGUUACCUUGACAACACUGUUGCCGGAGGAAUCCCCAGUGGAAUGGGCAUGUUCGAUUCCUUGGCCAAGGAGUGCAUGGAAGAGGCCAGCAUCGAAGAAGAUAUCGUUCGGCAGUACGUACGAGCAACUGGAGCCGUCAGCUACUUCUUCAGAACGUCCGCGGGCUGGUUGCAACCAGAAGUGGAAUAUGUCUACGAUCUUGCCAUCCCCGCAAAUCACCCAGACUCUUCCGUUUUUGAGCCCAAACCUUUGGAUGGUGAAGUCGAGUCAUUCGAGUUUCUUCAUCUCGACGAUCUUACGCCAAAGUUACGGGCGGGGUCGUUUAAGCCCAACUGUGCUCUGGGAAAGUUGUGCACCAAGUACUUGCAAUUGAUUAUCGACUUACUAAUACGUUUGGGUCAUAUAACACCCGAGAACGAACCCGACUACAUGAAGAUCUUGACCCGCCUACAUGGUCAAUUUGACUAUGAACGGUGGUAG